AUGUCCUUUAUAGAUUUAAAUGAUGACCAGAGAUGGGUGCCUACACAUGUGAAUGUAACUGUCCUUCGUGCAAGGGGUUUACGGACUAAGGGCAAGCACGGGGGUAGCCGUUAUGUUUACACAAUCAUUCAGGUGGGGAAGGAGAAAUACACCACCGGUUUGGUCGAGAAGGCGACUGUGCCAGAGUGGAAUGAGGAAUGCUGUUUUGAACUUCUACCCGGAAUACUGGAGGAUGGGGGUCGCAGUGCUUUUCCCUCAGGGAGCGGUGACUUGGUCCUCACCAUUAUGCACCGGGUGCUUAUCGGACUUGACGUGUUUCUUGGUCAAGCAAUCCUCCCUUUGGAUAAAAUAUUUCAAGAUGGAAUGUGCCCUAGAGAUGAAUGGCUCAAACUCAACUCCAAGGCCGGCCGGAAGGAGAAGGAGCGCGGCGAGAUGCAGGUGACGGUCCAGUUCACCCGCAACAACCUGACAGCCAGCAUGUUCGACCUAACCAUGAAGGACAAGCCACGGUUUGCCUUCGGCAAACUUAAGGACCGCGUGACGGGGAGGAAGAUCGGCGACAUGGAGUCCUCAUCAGCCAUCGUGCCGGGACGCUUCGCCGCCCUGUCGGAGGACCCCGUGGAGGUAGCCGAGGAGAAGCGGAGCAAGGUGAAGGAUUUCUUCAAGGGGAAGGGAAAGCUGCAGAGUUCGUCCGACACAAGGUCGUGCUCGUCGCUGGCCUCGGAGAGCAGCGUGUUGUCCUUGACCAGUGAGAGGCCCUGCCCCCCUCCUCUGGGCCUAGGCAUCCUGGUGGAUCCUUCCAGUCCCCCCAGCUCUCCCAUCUACAGCAACAAGGUCAAAGUUGACACCCACCACAGAGACACAGACCUAGCUAAAAAAGUGCUCAACACCACACAGUCUUCCCCAAAGAUACUGACUCACAAUCGAGUCCUCAGCGACGAGGCAAGUAGGAUCACCACUACUGCCGUUCCCCAGCCCUUUCCUGCAGUGGAAUCCCUCAAGGGUCAGGGUAUGACUUUCUCCCAAUCCUCUCUGUGCAUCAACGGAAGCCACAUCUACGGAUCCGAACCGGUGGGUCCCAAGGACUCAGGCACCCUCCCAUCCAAGCUGGUCCUCCUUGAGAAGUGCUCCCCCCUCUCUCGUUCGCUGCAGAACCUCACAAAGCGGAGCGAGGACAAUGGUUCAGCCGGUGAGGGACGGCGCUGGUCCUUCGACAAGGUGAAUAAGGAAGAGAAGUACGUGGAGAAGGAGGCCGAACCGCAUGUCUCCCAGGUUCAAAGUGCACGGGUGGGGGGUCGUCCUGUGCUGGCAGCUGCCUCAAUGCUGUCUUCCACCACCACGGUGGACUCAGCAGACAAAAGGAAAAAGCUCAGAAAGUCGUUAUUCUCCGGAGGGAGGAGUGAUUCUCUACCUGCCAAGUUGGCGCCAAGCCAGGGUUGUCCUCUCACCGAGGGGAGACUGCGAGGCUGGUUUGGCUCCAGUGACUCCCAGAACAAGCCAAGUCCCUCCUCUGUGGCCCCCUCCCUGGUGACUGAAACUAAUGCCCAGGCUAAGCUACUCCCCACCCCCGGCCCCUCCAUACAUCACCCCCCAACCUUGAGACCCAGUACCGGAGACAAUGCCACCUUGGCUAUGGCCCCCUGCACCUCUUCCUCCUUCUCCUCCUCCUCCUUUACCUCCUCCACCACUGUCCAGCCCCUGGUCGAUGCACGGCAGACACUUUUACCUGAGGAGACCCAGCCAGCUAGCAGCCUGCCCCGACAGGAGAGCAGACCCCACCCAGUGAAGCCCUUGACCACCACAGCCAGUCAGGGGGAGAAGAAAGAGGGCCGGUCAGUUCUAGAGAAGCUCAAGUCUUCCAUCCACCCAGGCCUCGCCGCCAAGCAGACACUGGCUGAGGCUGAGACUGAGAUUGAGGAAUCGUUAACGGACAGGUCUGCCCAGUACGAGCAGCUGACCAAAAUGGAGCUGAUCUCCCUUCUACUGCAGCAGCAGAUGGAUAUGGAGAACCAGCAGGCGGCCUCAGAACAGCAGGCGGUGCUGCUUAAGAAACACGAGGCGGAGAUGAAGAAGAUCAAGGCACAGGUGCGCGACCUGGAGGACUACAUCGACAGGCUGCUGGUGCAGAUCAUGGAGCAGACACCCACACUCCUUCAAGUGCGCUCCCGACACAAGUGA